CGAAAAUGGCAACGGCGCGUUCCGCUCCCACCUCGCUCAUAACACCCGCCGUCGACGAGUCUUUCGAUUUUCUCUUCAAAAUCGUCCUCAUCGGUGACUGCGGAACGGGCAAAACCUGCAUCGUGCAGCGGUUCAAGUCGGGCAACUUUAUCGAAAGCCACGGUAACACGAUCGGUGUGGACUUCUCCAUGAAAGCCGUCACGGUGGACGACAAAAAGGUGAAGCUACAAAUCUGGGACACCGCCGGCCAGGAACGGUUCCGCACGAUUACGCAAAGCUACUACCGAUCUGCAAACGGUGUUAUAAUUGUGUACGACAUUACGAAGCGUUCGUCCUUCCUAAGCCUACAGCGAUGGAUAGACGAGGUGCGGAGGUAUACAGCAUCGAACGUAAUGAUAUUCGUUAUCGGUAACAAAUCGGAUCUGGAUUCCAUUCGGGAAGUGGAGUUUUCGGAAGCGCAGGCCAUGUGUCAGUACAUACCGGAGGUGAUGUUCGUGAUGGAGACGUCGGCCAAAGACAAUCGCUUUGUCGAAGACGCGUUCAUGACGCUGGCAACGGAGUUGAAGAGACGACACGAUGGAGUCACGGCCAAUGAGGACGAAGAAGGCAUUACGCUUGGACAAAGCAAAGCGCUGUCCACGAACAAUUGUAGCGGAGUUUGUAAUUUAACGUAGAUGCAAUCCAUUAUGCAGAUGUCCUGUGAUUAUUUCCGAAUGAAAACAUAGGACAGAAGAUUAAUCCAAACGUUAAUUUGAUUAGAACUCCAUUGGUCCAACGACUAAUUAGCUCCCGCCCAAAAUGCCAUUAACUUAAGCAAUUUAGCCGUAAAGCGAACUUUUUUUGGAUUGGUUCGUGUAAACUGCAGCUACCUUUCAGAGCAGCGAUGCUGAUAAAUUCAACUAUAAAGAGAAUCGGAACCGGAACUGGAACCGUAACCGUCCCACAUCCGAUGGCGUGAUGGAUCCCUAGAUGUACAUAAUCGAAGCGAAAGCCUCUCUCGACAAACUACUCGUGGUGUUAACUAAUAUGUAGUUUUGUUUGUGGUCGAAGGUAUGAUAGGUUAUCAUAAUCCACCGUUUGAGAAGGUUGAAGAGCUACAGCUACGAAAGCUAAGACAUUGAUGCGGUCUAAAACCGACUGUUAUGUGAUGCGAAAAGUUUACGGAAAUGUUUGAGCCACCUGCUACGAAUGCGCUAUUUAUUUAUUUAACACAGCUAUAACGAACUAUUUUUAUCGAACUGUUGUAAAUAUAGAGUGUAUUUUGAAAGAAGCAACAUAAUGGGUUAGUGUUUCGAUUUCGAUCCCAUCACCUCUCAUUUGGUGGUUCCUUUGCGAAUCGCUCAACAUCUAAUAAAUCAUCUGCACAGCA